GGGCUGGGCCAGCCACAAAUGGUGACCCUCCGGGGCCUGGGAGCCCUGCUUCUGCUGCUGCUGCUGGCCUCAGGUGAAGAGAAGACCCAUGAACAGGGCAGAGACUCCUGCCUGCUCACCAAGGGGUACCAGUAUGACCCCUUCUCUGUGAAGGACAUUUCUAACUGCUUCACCAAAUGCAGUCAGUCCGGAAGCAACCCCUGUAACGUGGAAAAUUUGCAGAGGUACUGGCUGCGCUACGAGUCCUACCUUCUGGGGAAGAAUAUUGUGGGGACAGUGGAUAUGCCUUUUGUGAAGGCUUUGGUCCAGAAUGUCAGCACUGACAUCUCAGAAGACCUGCUUUUCUCUCACAAGUUCUCUCAGGUUCCGAGGCAGGUGGCCAAGGAUGAGGAUGAGCCCCCUGACCGAGUCCGCCUUCCCAAGAGCCUUUUUGCAGCCCUGCCCAGCAAUGGGUCUACGGUCUGGUUGGCCAUAACUGUCCUGGACAUCAGCAUGGGAGAUGUCUUCAAGGGCCCCCGGCUCCUCCUGGACAAUGGUAGUCGUGUGCUGAACAGUCACGUGGUGGGUUUGAGUGUGGGCCACACACCCGUCACAGGACUGUCAGAGCCUCUGGAGAUCACCUUCUCACACCAGCGUCAGCCCCCUAACAUGAUCCUUACCUGUGUGUUCUGGGAUGGGAGUAAAGGAGAUUGGAACUCCAAGGGCUGCUCCACGGAGCUGGGGGCUGAGGGGACCGUCUGCCGCUGUGACCACCUGACCUUCUUCGCCCUGCUGCUGAGGCCAGUUUUGGAUAUGGCCACCGUGCAGGUCCUCACGCGCAUCUCCCAAGCAGGCUGUGGCGUCUCCAUGAUCUUCCUGGCCUUCACCAUGCUUCUCUAUGUUAUCCUGAGGCUCUCCCUGCAAAGGUUCAAGUCAGAAGAUGCCCCCAAGAUCCACGUGGCCCUGAGCAGCAGCCUGUUCCUCCUGAAUCUAGCCUUCCUGAUCAAUUCAGGGAGCGGCUCCCAAGGCUCCCCUGCUUCCUGUUGGGUCCGGGCUGCCAUUUUCCAUUACUUCCUACUUUGUACGUUCACCUGGAUGGGCCUGGAAGCCUUCCACCUCUACCUGCUCACCAUCCGGGUCUUCAACACUUACUUUGGACACUACUUCCUGAAGCUGGGCCUGCUAGGCUGGGGCCUGCCUGCCCUUGUGGUCCUUGGCACUGGGAGUGCCAACAGCUAUGGGCUUUACACCAUCCGUGACCAGGAAAACCGAACCACACUGGAGCUGUGCUGGUUCCAGAAAGAAGUGGCCCUUUAUGUCACCGUCCACAGCUACUUCCUCAUCACCUUCCUCUUCAACGCUGGGGUGCUAGCCCUGGUGGCUUGGAAAAUCUUCAGUCUGUCCAGUGUCAUAGCUGGCAAGGAACCGGAGCAGAGCUGGAAGGCUGUCCUCACCGUGCUGGGCCUCUCAAGCCUGGUGGGCAUGACCUGGGGACUGGCCAUCCUCACGCCCCUGGGCCUGUCCACCAUCUAUGUCUUUGCCCUUUUCAACUCUCUACAAGGUGUCUUCAUCUUUUGCUGGUUCACUGUCCUCUACUUCCCAACUCAGAGCACCAUGUCCUCAACCUCUGGGACCGCCCGCCUGGACCAGGCCCCCUCCGUGUCUCAAGAAUAGGAGGCUGCAGCCCAGCUCUCAGCUCUGGUUUACUGUGUGACCUUGGGCAGUUCCCUGCCUCUUUCUGAGCCUUCUCUGGACAGUAUGCCUGGAGAGGGAGAAGAUGAGGUCCAGGUUAGACCAUAUGGCUUCAAAGGCCCCAUCCAGAUAGGUCUGUGGGUCCAAGAAGCUAAAGUUUCUGAAGUCACAUUUACCCCCUGUCCUAUUUCCAAAGCACAGCAGCCUUCCUCCUGUGAUCUCCUUCCUUUGGUCGCAAGAAGGGCUUGAGACCCAAGAGGAUCCCAGUGCCCCUUACUCCCCCAUCACUUGCUCCCACGCCAGGGCCAAGCAGGGCCCAUGAUGCUCUGGGACAUUGGAUUUGUUGUGGCCUGAAGGUGUGCUCUGGGGUGGUCUGUUCAGAUCUCUGCCUGCCCCCUCAAAAAGACCCCACCCCCAGUGGCUGUGGCCCCUCCA